AUGUGGGCUGAGAAUGUCACCGCUGUCACACAGUUCAUCUUGGUGGGACUCUCCAACCACCGGAAGACGCAAAUCCUGCUCUUUGUGGUCAUCCUCCUUAUCUACUCACUUACCAUAGUGGGGAAUCUGGUGAUCAUCCUAUUGAUCCAGGUGGACUCCCGCCUCCACACACCCAUGUACUACUUCUUAACGCAUCUGUCAAGCCUAGAAAUUUGUUAUGUCACCAGUACAGUGCCCCAGAUGCUGGCUCACCUCCUGGCUGGGAACGGUGCCAUCUCCUUCACCCGUUGUGCCGCACAGAUGUACAUUGCUUUAUCCCUGGGUAGCACUGAAGGCCUUCUGCUGGGUGCCAUGGCCUACGACCGCUACUUGGCCAUCUGCCAUCCCUUGCUCUACGUCAUCGCCAUGGGCAGGUGGCGCCAGUUGCAGCUUGCUUUGGCUGCUUGGGCGGGUGGCUUCCUCCUCUCUGUAAUGAAUGUGGGUUGCACCCUUCGCCUCCCUUUCUGUGGCCCCAACCACAUCAACCACUUCUUCUGCGAGCUGCCAGUUGUUUUGAAGCUUGCAUGCGCUGACACUCGAACGACUGAGGCUGUGAUAUUUGGAGCAGCUGUGCUGAUCCUCCUAGUUCCCCUUUCUGUCAUCCUGACCUCCUACAGCCUCAUCCUGUCCUCUGUUUUGCAAAUGCAGUCUGCCUCUGGGCGACGCAAGGCCUUCUCCACUUGUGCUUCUCACCUGGCGGUGGUCACCUUGUUCUAUGGCACUGUCAUCUCCAUGUACAUGAGACCUCGGACAGGCACGGCUACCAACCUUGACAAGAAAAUUGCUGUUUUUUAUAUCGUGGUCACCCCUUUACUCAAUCCUGUCAUUUAUACCCUGAGGAACAAGGAUGUUCAUGGCGCAGUGGUCAAAGUGUACCAAAGAUGGAGCUUUGGACCACAGUUAAAACAUUAA